UCACUUUUUGCUCAUCACCCAAAUGGCUCAGGUUUCUCCUCUUCCUUUUUUUCUCUCUCACUCCUCUUUCUUUCUUCUAUUACAUUUCUGUUUUCUCUUCCAUCUUCUGCAGAAAGUUGUGCUGAAGGUGAUGACCAUGACUGACGACAAGACGAAGCAGAAGGCAAUCGAAGCUGCUGCCGACAUCUACGGUGUUGAUUCGAUCGCGGCGGAUCUGAAGGAUCAGAAACUGACGGUGAUAGGAUCGAUGGACGCGGUGGCGAUUGUGAAGAAAUUGAAGAAAGUAGGUAAAGUGGACUUGAUAUCAGUCGGACCUGCAAAGGAAGAGAAGAAAGAGGAGAAGAAAGAGGAGAAGAAGGAGGAGAAAAAAGAGGAGAAAAAAGAGGAGAAAAAGGAAGAGAAAAAGGAAGAAAAAAAGUGAAAAAGUACAAUUCCUUUCCCCCCCCUUCUUUCAAUUUUGAUUUUCCAUACAUUUAACGAAUUUUAAUUCAAAUAAGUUCUUCUCAAUUCAUAUCAAAAUUACAUGAAGAACAAACCUCUGUACCUACUUAAUUUUUGUUUUCACAAUCCCUUUCAAAUUCAUGCUCUGAUUCACUCAUAAUGCAGCCAUUUGUAUUUCCAACAUACGAACACAACAGACAAUUUUCCCUAAUUGGUAUCCAAAAUUUAUGUAACAGAUCGACAUAUUUUGUA